AUGUCACAGCCAAGAGUCCUCAUUUGCGGUGCUGGCAUCGCCGGCCAAGCCGUUGCGUUUUGGCUGUCCAAAGCAAACUUCAACGUCACUGUCAUUGAGCGCUAUCCCAAAUUGCGCUCCACGGGCCUCCAACUCGACCUGCGCGGACUCGGCAUCGAAGUGAUGAAACGCAUGGGUCUGGAAAAGGCGUUUCGGGCCAAGUCGGUUCAAGAGCAAGGCUUAGAGAUCGUCGACACCUUGAACAAACGAUGGGCGUAUUUCCCAGCUAACAGGAGCGGCCAAGGGCUUCAAGGAUUUACCACCGAUUUCGAGAUCAUGAGAAAGGACCUUUGCGACAUCCUACACGAAUCAACCAGGGACCAAGUCAAGUACAUGUUUGGUACGACUGUCGAAAGCUUCGAACAACAUGACGGCGUCGUUAAUGUCACCUUUUCAGGAGGGCAGAACGGCCAAUUCGAUCUCGUUGUCGGUGCUGACGGCCAAGCUUCACGCACUCGCAAAGCCAUGCUUGGGCCAGACGCUGAGGAUCCUACUCACUAUCUGGGUGCCUACAUCGCCUACUUUACCAUUCCUCGUCAAAACCAGAACGGGAAAGAAUACGAUGCGCGGUUCUAUCUCGCUACUGGAAAAAGAUUCAUCUUCACCAGACGCAACGACGAUUCCAGAGUCCAGAUUUACAUGGCUUGCAAGACUGAUAAAGAGUGGAUGAAGGAUAUUCGCAAGGGGGACAUGGACAAGGAGAGGCAAGCCUUCGCGGGCAUGUUCAAAGGUGCGGGAUGGGAGACGGAUGAGAUCCUCGCAGAGAUGAUGGUCACCGACGACUUUUACUGUGAGCGUCUCGGCGUUGUUCAACUCGAUGCUUGGUCCGAGGGUCGCGUUGUUCUUGUUGGAGAUGCUGCUUUCUGCCCCUCAGCAUCCACAGGCAUGGGAACGACGUCGAGCAUGGUGGGGGCAUAUGUGCUGGCUGGGGAGAUCAAAAAGCAUUGUCGAGAGUCUGGCAAUGACGGCAUUCCAUCUGCGCUUAAGGCUUACGACGAAAAGUUCCGUCCUUUCAUGGAUCAAGUUCAACGCGGUUUGACGGAUGGCGAGUCGUUCUGGAGUAGACUACCGACGUCUUCGUUCGGUGUCACCAUUGCCAACGUUUUUAUGUGGUUAGCCAUGAUGCUGAGAGUGGAUGUCAUUGGCAAGCGAGUUCUCCGAGAGGAUGUCGGAGCUUGGCAGCUUCCAGACUACGAGCGGAUGGUAAAAGGAGGACCAUCAGCUUGA